AUGGGAAAGUUACGAGGAAUCGUCGGCCUCCAUGGGAAAGUGGCCUAUGUACCGCAACAGCCUUGGAUUCAAAAUAUGACACUCCGUGACAAUAUACUCUUUGGUAAACCAUUUGACAGACGCAGGUACAACCAGGUGUUGUCGGCUUGUGCUUUGAAACCGGACUUGAAAAUGCUGGCGAAUGGAGAUUUGACUGAGAUAGGGGAGAAGGGAAUCAAUCUCUCUGGUGGUCAAAAAGCUCGAGUGUCGUUGGCCAGAGCAGUAUACCAGGAUAGCGAUGUAUAUUUGCUUGACGAUCCAUUGUCUGCUGUGGAUGCACAUGUUGGAAGGCAUUUGUUUGAAAAGGUGCUAGGCCCAGAUGGCCUCUUGCGACAUAAGACGAGAAUUCUGGUCACUCACAGAUUGUCGUAUAUCAAGUCGGCAGAUGAGAUACUCGUUUUACAAGAUGGACGCAUUAUCGAAAAUGGCCGAUAUAGCGAAUUGAUGAGAAACCGUGGUCCGUUCUACAGAUUUGUUGAAGAGUAUAAGUCAAGCUCUGAGAGCGACGAAAAGAGUGAAAGCUCAAGCGAUUCCCUUGGUGAUGGCUUAGAAAGAAGUACAGAAGACACGGAUGACAAGGAUUUCUCUGAUACCGAGAGGAAAACAAGCAAGUCCGCUAUUACAUCUUCCUUGAUAGUCAAAUCUGGUGACGGUGAACUCAUCAAAAAAGAGCAAGUCGAGACAGGACAGGUCAAACUUUCUGUGUAUCGACUGUACAUGAAAGCGGGCACUUACUGGAAAUGCUUUCUGUUCUUCUUCCUUCUAACUGCCUUCCAGGUGUUUCAGACAUUGCGCAGCUUCUGGCUGUCAGCCUGGUCUGAUGAAAAUGAUGGUCAACAUGCUGAAAAAAUGGCGACGGGUUUGCGUUUAGGCGUCUAUGGAGCCGUUGAGUUUCUUGUUAUCGUUAGUAAGUCUUGCAUUUGCUGGACUUUCUGCUUCCUACAAUCUUCACGCUCCGUUGCUCCACAAUUUGAUGCGAUCACCUAUGAUAUCGAAGUAGUCGACAUGUUACUCCCUACGAAUUUCCGCUAUCUUGCCAUGUGUGUACUGCAGGUC